UUAUUGAGAGUAUCGUAUCAAUCAAGUUACUUCUAACAGCGGCAGCAUCCGAGUUAAAAUGAAGAAAAUUUUCAUUUUACUCAUUGUAGUCGGUGCCAUUACCAAUUCUCAAAGUCAACCCUUGGAGGAGGAAGAUGUGUUGGACAUAUCCAAGAGGUCCAUCAUCAAAGACGUGGAAUCACCACUAGCAGAUACAGAAAAGAUAGUCAAGAGGUCAAUCUUCAGGGAACCAGGUGUUUCUCUAACCGGCAGGGAAAGAAUCGUCAGAUCGUUGAAGACAGACAGAAGUUCUUUUCUAACAGGAAAUGAGUUCAUCAGCAAACGUUCUGUGGAUGACAUGGAUGAAGCCGAGAGCGGAGCAAUUUUCCUUCCACGUAACUUCAGAAGAGGCAAACGUUCUGCGGAUGAUAUGGAAGAAGCUGAAAGUGGAGCAAUUUUCCUACCAAGAAAUUUUAGAAGAGGCAAGCGUUCCGUAGAUGAUAUGGAAGAGGCUGAAAGUGGAGCAAUCUUCCUGCCACGUAACUUCAGAAGAGGCAAACGUUCCGCGGAUGAUAUGGAGGAAGCUGAAAGUGGUGCAAUAUUCCUGCCACGUAACUUCAGAAGAGGCAAACGGUCGGCAGAUGAUAUGGAAGAAGCCGAAAGCGGAGCAAUCUUCUUGCCACGUAACUUUAGAAGAGGCAAACGUUCUACAGAUGAUAUGGAAGAGGCUGAAAGUGGUGCAAUCUUCCUUCCACGUAACUUCAGAAGAGGCAAACGUUCUACGGAUGAUAUGGAGGAAGCUGAAAGUGGUGCAAUAUUCCUGCCACGUAACUUCAGAAGAGGCAAACGUUCUGUGGAUGAUAUGGAGGAAGCCGAAAGUGGAGCAAUUUUUUUACCAAGAAAUUUUAGAAGAGGCAAACGUUCAGCCAAUUUAGAAGAUAUGGACACCGCUGAGAGUGGAGCCAUCUUUUUACCAAGAAAUUUCCAUAGGGGAAAAAGAUCAUUGGAUUUAAGUAAGGAUGAAGAUUCAGGAAGAUCUAAACGUGCUACUAUUGCUCUUCCCAUUUUGGCCUUCAAGAAGAAGACAAAGAAGUAAAAUUGUUAUAAUUAGUGUGUAGAAAUUGUUGUUUAAAUAUUUUAUAGUAGUACAAAUAUCGAUUUAAUCAAAGUUGAGCUGUGGUGGUAUAUUUAUUAUAUUGUUUGUAUUUUUAUAUAAAUAAAUACUCAUUGUUAUUGUAA